AUGACCAAGAUGCCUGUUGCUCAUGAGUGGGAUAGAAUGAUGAGAAUAGACCCAGUCACCCUCCAAGAAUGUGAAGACGACAAAUUGAAGGAGGUCUUCGGCAUGCUCGUUUUGACAGAAGACUGGGAGGUGAAGGAUAAAAAUCCUGAGAACAUUAUUCACGUCAUCAGAGUGUUUCAGGCCAUGCUCAAGAUUAAGGGUCGGGAACUUACUCUUUGCCACGACUUCAUCGAAAACAUUGGAGCACAGCAUGCUAAAACUGAAAAGGAACUCCUUGCCAAGUUGUCAAGGCUAGAACAAGAGCGCAAGUACUCCGGCACUGGGCCAGACACCCGCUUUCUGAGAGAUGAGAUUCGGCAGCUCGAGACCCAGCUGGAGCAAAGGGAGAAGGAGUUGACCCAGUUAAAGAAAGAAAUGGGCAAGGAUAAGAAAACUAACGAGGAGUUGGCUGUGCGAGCAGAGGAGGCUGAGGAUGAGGUCAAGAAGCUGAAAAGAGAGAUAAAAAAGCUUAAGAAAAAGAAUGAGCAGCUCCAGCAGGAUGUGGACUUCUAUCGCGGAGAGCUCGAACAGAAGGAGCCGGGCCCGUCCAGAGACGAGAGCGCUGAGAUCCAGAGGAAGCUCAACUUGGCCAACCGCCAGCUCUACCAGUGCUUGGAAGACCUGCAGCGGGCAGAGGAUGAAAACUUGUACCUGAAGACACAGAACGAGCAGAUGCAGAAGAGUCUGGAGGAUUCUGUGAAGGAGAUGGAGAAGAUGACAGAUGAGUACAACAAGAUGAAGAUUGUUGUACAGCAGACUGACUCCAUUAUGGACCAGCUCAGGAAAGAGAGGGAUCAUGCAAAGCUGCAAGUCAGAGAGUUAACAGAUAAGAUCCAUAGCAUGACUGAGGAGGAUGACCCAAUUAUGGCAGCAGUCAAUGCUAAAGUAGAGGAGUGGAAGAGAGUGCUCUCUGGGAAGGAUGAUGAAAUUCUGGUGUACCAGCAGAUGAUCCGUGAUCUGAGGGAAAAGCUGCGUUCAGCCCAACUGGACUUGGACAAAAGCAACAUUAUUGCCUUGCAGCAGGUCAUAUAUGAACUCUGUGCUGCUGUUCAAGAGAGAGAUAAUCAAAUCAAGAUGCUGGGUGAGCAGGUGGAGCAGUACACAGGGGAAAUGGAGAAGCACACCUCACUCAUCGAGGAGCUCAAGACGUCCACGAAGAAAGACAGAGGUGGUAGCUCCAAAAAUCAGAGGAAGAUGGAAGAGCUGAAGUCUAAGCUGGAAGUGUCAGAGACCAGAGCGGUGGAAGCAGAGCGGGCUGCGAAGCUUGCGGAAGCUCAUGCUGAGGAAAAAGACAAAGCGCUCAUUGAGGCUUCAAACCGCUUGAGCCAGUACGAGUCUGGAACUUAUGGCCUGGAAGCUGCCAUUUUGGAGAUCAAAGAGUGUAAAAAUCAAAUUAGAGUGAGAGAUUGCGAGGCAGAGGCCAUGACCAAAGAUAUCAACCAGCUUGAAAUGAGAAUUAAUGACCUCAUGGACGAAAACGAGGAUUUCCGAGAAAAACUAGGUCUGGAACCAAAGCAGGAAGUGGAUCUGACAGAAUUCCGGCGAGCCAAAGAUAUCAGGCAACGUCAGUACAAAGCAGAAAACCAAGUCCUAACCAAAGAGAUUGAACGGCUUGAAGAGGAAAGACUGGAGCUCAAGAAACAAAUCAGAAGCAUGGUGAAGGAAAGAGGGAUCCCACAAUCAGGCUUUCUUCUGGAGGAAGACAUCAGGCCCGGCAGAACUGCGCCACUUAAGCAAAGCAGCAAUUACACAGAAGAAGAGAUCAGACGAAAGAAUGCGUACCUAGAGGAAGAACUGAGUAAAAAGGAAAGAGAGCUGCGACUUCACAAGACCCAGUUUCAAGUCAAACUGGAGGAGCUGUCAAAGGUGAAACAAGACCUGGAGGCUGCACUGAAAGAUGUUCUCCAAGCCAUGAGGAUUAAUCAAGGGGCCACUCCAUCUGAUGGUGCCAUUAAUAUUGGCAAUCUGGAAAGGUUGGCUAAUGCGAUAGAUGUGAACAACAUGAGUGGGCUGACUGAUUCAGACCUGCACCUCAAGUCCCAAAUACAUCAGCUGGUGGGGAGAAACGAAGAACUGAGGCAGGAGUUGAAAUCAGCACGUGAGGAAGCAACAAGCAGCUUCGUCCAGCUCGCCAGAGCCAAAGAAAAGGUGAACCAGCUGGAAGGUGAGGUGGAGCUGCUCAGGAAGUCAGGCAGCAGUGGAGUUGUCCUCCGACCUCUGACCCUCCCUGAAGGCCUGGGGCCCAGUAGCACCGAGGUCAUCAGUUCCCUGAAUGAGUACGCUGUUCGACUUCUUCAGGAGCUCAAAAACAAGGAGGAACAAAGCAAGAAACUUGCAGCAACACUGGAGGAAUACAAAGAGAAGUUUGCUGUUAUCAGCCACCAACAGGGUCUCCUCUAUAAAGAAUACCUAAGUGAGAAGGCUGAGUGGCAGAAGGAGAGAGCGACAUUUACAGAGGUGAAGGACAAGCUGGAGGAGCAGAAGCAGGUGGAUGCUGUUAAAAUCCAAGAAUUCAACGAGCUGCUGGACACCCUUCACAAGGACCCAGAGGAAAUCAGGAGACAGUUGAGCGAAUCAUUGCGCAAGUUGACGGUGCUGAAGGUUAACGAGAAGAAACUGACACGGCGCUACACCACCCUGCUGGAGCAGGAGCAGCACCUCCGCAAGGACAACAGCAAGCUAAGGGACGAGAGCAGCCACAUGCAGGCGUCCGUCACUCAGAGGAUAGGCUACCUGCAGAGAUACAAGGAAAUGGCUGCAUAUAAGAUAGCAGCACUGCAAAAGGCCUUGGAUGAUAGUGUUCCCUCAUCGGACCUGGAGAAGGCAAACAAACAGUACACAGAGCUCACAGUCAAAUACAGAGACAUGCUGCAGAGGGACAGCCGCCUCAUACAGAGAACCACCAACCUCGAACACUUGCAGGGUGAGAACGAGUCGCUCCAGGAGCAAAUCUCUGCCAUGAAAAAAGAACUGGAGAUCACCAAGGAGAAACUGAAUACUUUAGAGCAAGCGUGGGAGAACGGCGGCUCCGUUGCAGUUGAAAAUGGCAUGGACAAGGCAGACAAGGCGCUGGCCAACAAUGAGAUGGUAUCUGCUGCCAGACAAAUCACCACCUUAGAGAUGAAGGAGCUGAAUGAGAGGCAGAGAGCCGAGCAUGCCCACAAAAUGUAUGAACACGUGAGGAAUUCUCUCCGGCAAGUGGAAGAGCGCAACUUAGAACUGGAGUCCAAGUUUGCAGAGUUGACCAAGAUGAAUGUAGAGGCCCAGCGGGUGGAGCGGGAGCUGAGAGAUGAGCUGGCGGACAGCAUCAGCAAAGCUGUGAGCGACGCUGACAGAGCCAGGAUUAAAGAGCUGGAGAAAGCUGAGGCUGAGCUGCGCAUUGAAGUUUCUAAGCUUCAAGAGGUGUCUGAUGUGGCCAUGAUGCAGGUGUCUGCUCUCCAGGCCAGACAACAGUCCAAAGAGAAGGAAGUAGAAGCUUUGAGGAAACAAAUACUGGACUACCAGUCACACUCGGAUGAAAAGGCCCUCAUUGCGAAGCUCUACCAGCAUAUUGUGGCUCUGCAGCUCAGUGAAUCAGCUGUUUUGGCCAAGCUGGAGGCUGCCACCUCUCGCAUCCAGCAGCUGGAGGCCUACAAGCUGCGUGCUGAACAGCGUCUGGAUGCCAAUGAGCGUACUCUGUUCCUCGCCCGCCAGGAGGGCAGGAAUCGCUCCAAGCACCUACGGCAGACCGUCCAAUCACUACGUAGGCAGUUUGCCGGAGCGCUGCCACUUCCCCAGCAGGAAAAGUUCUCUGUGGCUAUGGUGAGCCUCCAGGAGGACAGAGCAAAAGCCCAGGAAGAGAAGAUGAAGGCAGAGAAGGAGAGGAGGAGAGCAGAAGGCAGGGCUGAUGAGCUGGAACUGACGCUUCGAGGGCUGAAGGAGCUCAUCUCGACACUAAAGGAUGUGAAAGGGGCCCAGAAGGUAACGGAGUGGCACAAGAAGAUGGAAGAAGCUCGUCUGCAGGAGCUGAGGAAAGGGAGGGAACUGGUGGUCCAGAACGAGGAGAUCAGGUUCCUGAAGAACCUUGUGCAGGAGCAGGAGCGAACCAUCCGCUCGCUGGAGGAGGAUAUUGUGCAGCAAAAUACGCAUCAAGAAGAACACCAGCUUGCAUGGGAUCAGCGAGAGGUAGAGCUGGAGCGCCAACUGGACCAGUAUGAGAAGCACCAGAGUGAGAUUCUGAGCAGUGCGGCGAAGUUUGAGGAAGGCUCAGGCUUCCUCCCAGACCCAAGUCUACCUCUCGCUCAUCAGUUAGAGUUUGCUCUGGGUAAAAUCAGGGAGCAUGUCCGCACCAUCCUGGACACACAGGCCACCUGCAAAAGUUUGGAUGAGAAGCUGAAAGAGAAAGAAGCAGCUCUGUGGAAGGCCGAGCAGAACAUUGUGUCCAGGGACAAAGUGAUCAAUGAGCUACGUCUUCGGCUCCCAGCUGCUGCCAACAGAGAGCGCCUGCUAGCUGACCUCGCCAAGCAUGAAGAGGGCCAGUCAAACAGUCAGCCUGCACUCAAGGUCGCCCACCAGACCAUCAAAGAUCUCCAGGGUCGACUUGACAAAAAAGAAGACGUGCUAAAGAAAUACCAGAAGCAGUUGGUUCAAGCCAGACAGGACCAAGAGGAGAUGAUAAAGAGGCAUCAGGAGGAGCUACGAAUGCUGCAUCAGAAGCUGGACCUGCACACGGACACCUCCCUGGACCGAUUCAAACAGACAGCAAUGGAACUGAUGAAGAAGCCGACUAUCAGGGUGCCAACCUCCAAGCAUCUGGAGCGCCUGGCUGAGUUGGAGCAGGUGGUGGCUGAGCAGGACUUCUCACUCUCCUCUGCCACAGAGAAGCUGAAGCUGACCACGGCUGAGCUGGAGCGACAGAGGAGCGCCAUGGAAACACAGGCUAAGAAACACGCCGACGAGAUGUCAAAGCUGGAGGAGCAUCAUGUUGCCCAGGUGAAGGCUCUGACCGCUGAGACUGAGGAUCAGAGGAACCAGAUGGCCCAGGUGGAGAAGGAGAUGAACUACCUGCGAACUGAGCUGGAAGCCCAGAAGGCGGCCAACAUCCGCUCCCCCAGCAACACCAUGAAAAACCUGGUGGAACGACUCAAAGCACAACUUACCCAGAAAGAGAAACAGCUCAAGGCUCUCAGUAAGGCUCUGCUGGAGCUGCGGGCAGAGAUGACAUCAGCCGCAGAGCAGCAAGUCAUAGCCAGCGCUGCACAGAAAGAAGAGAGUCUCAAUGUGCAGAUGCUGAUUGACAGGCACACCAAAGACCUGAAGGUGCGGUUGCAAGACCUCAAUGAAGAACUUCACACUGCAAAGGAGUCUGUCAGGGCAGCCAAAGGUCGGGAGAACACCCUUAGAGAGGAAGUGGACUGCUUGAGCCAGGACCUUCAGAGGAGUCAAAAAACCCAGAGACGCCUGCAGGCCGAGAAGGAGGAGAGGGAGCAGGAAAUCCAGGAGCUCAGGCAACAAAUCAAGAGGCUCAGCAGCGCUCUUCAGAAUCAACCAGAACCAGAUGGGAAGGGGCCAACCGUCGAGAAUCUGCAGAAGAAGAUCAGGAGGCUGGAGUCUGACCUGGAGAAAAAUACCAAAGAUGAUCAUGGAAAGACCAAAGAAGAAAUAGCGCGGUGGGAGGAGGGUAAGAAAUGGCAGGCUAAGAUGGAAAAGGUGAAGAACUCGGUGAAGGAGAAGGAACGAGAGAAUGAGUCUCUGUCCAAACAGCUCAGCACUCUGAAAGACCUCUAUGGCAGACUGGAGCAAGAGAAGGGCGCACUGCAGAGAAAGCUGAAGGCUCGAGGUGUGACCGCUGAUCAGGUGGUGGGAGUCAGAUCCACUGAAAUGGAGAAAGAAAUGGAGGAGCUGAAGAAGAAGAACUCCGACCUGGAGAGACAGAUCUUCACCAUAAAACAGCGCCAGGCUUUACCUCGUGAUGACGCCAUGGAGAACCUGACGCUGAGGAACCGCUACCUGGAGGAGAGAGUCCACACUCUGCAGAGUCAGACGUCCAAAGAGUCUCUGUCAAGACCCUCUACUUCAGGACGGGGAACUGGCACCCCCUCACAGAGAGAUCAGGACCUGCAAAAAGAAAACCUCAAGCUGGCCUCUGAGAACCUGGAGCUGCGCUUCCAGCUGGAGCAGAGCAACAAAGACUUACCAAGACUCAAGAAUCAAGUUGCAGACCUUAAGGAGAUGUGCAGCGCACUGAAAAAGGAAAAGGCAGAGGUGAAGAAAAAGCUGUCUCAUAUACCUGGAACUGGUCACAGCGGUAAAACUGUACCUGAACUCGAGAAAACCAUUGGGUUAAUGAAGAAGGUGGUGGAGAGGGUGCAGAGGGAAAAUGAGUCGCUAAAGAAAUCCAGCGCACCUGCAAAUCAAGACAAGAUCGCUGCCCUGGAGCGAGAAAACGACAAACUAAAGGCUGAUUUUGAGAAACUGAAGAGUCAAAGUGAAGCCGAGCUCAGUUUAAAACUUGAGUCUAAAACCAAAGGACUGGAGAAAAUAGUGAUGGAAAAUGAACGUCUACGCAAGGAGAUCAGAAGGGAAAUGGAGGCUGCGGAGAGGCUGAGAGUGACCAAAACGGGGCUGGAGGUGAACAACGAGAAGCUCGAGGCAGAGCUGGAAGAAACCAAACAGCGGCUUCGGGCAGCUCUGUCCAGACCCAUCACAGAGGGAGCGGACAGCAAGACCUGGAAGGCGUCUGUGCUAACAAGAAUGUUUGAGAACAAGAUGAAGGAACUGGAGAAGGAGCUGUCUCAGAAAACCUCCAGCCUCUCUGAACUCAAACAGCAGCUGAAGGAGGUGAACGAGCGCGAGGACAGAGCUCAGACAAGCAUCCGGCGCCUCGAGGAUCAGGUUGACAUGUUAAAAGGUUUUCCCACCACUGCAAAGACAGAUGCAGGGCUCACCAAGGAGUUCCAGGCAAUGAGGUUGGUCAACACUGAGCUGCAGAAGGAGAACGUAGAUCUGAAGCAAAAGCUCAACGAGUACAGCGAGCGAUACGGGGAGACGUCUUCUAAACUAGAUCACGGGAAGCUCAAAACCCUCCUGCAGGCAGCUGAAACUGAGAAGACAAAACUUCAAACUGAGGUGAAGAAGCUGAAGAAAGAACUGGAAAACUUUGACCCGACAUUUUUUGAUGAGAUUGAGGACUUGAAAUAUAACUACAACUUAGAAGUCAAGAAGAACAUCCUGCUGGAGGAGCAGUUGAAGAAGGUGUGUGAUCAGUUCGGGGUUAAAGCUGAACUGCCCAGUUAGCUCAGGGUUACUGUGCCU